AUGGCACCAGCCUCCAAAGCAAACUACAAGUCCUACGAGGCCCAGGCCCGUCUGGUUCGCGCCAUCGUCGCGGCUCAUCCGACAACCAAAUGGAACUACAAAGAAAUUGCUGCCUGCUACGGCUCAGACAUGACAGAGCAUGCCCUCAACCACCGCUUCCGGCACAUUCGGGCACAGAGCGAGAUCAUCAUGGAAGGGCGCAAGGCCAACCUUGACGUGAAGGAUCUCACUACGGAUGAAUCCUCUCUGCCCAAGACUGUUGGUGCCGUAGAUAAGCAAAACAUUGCAAAGUAUUUUGGCCAGUCCACCGCGGACGGCAUCCAAUUCCAGUUUCGUAGCAUCAAGAAGGACGCGGAUAAGAUGCGCGCCGUUGCUGACAGCGGUGGCGACCCUUCGGCCUGCCUUGAUCUGGGCUCCGCCAGCGCCGCCGGCACCGCCUCUACCGUUACGCCCAGCUCGACGCCCAAGACGCCUCGCUCGCGCGGCGUCGCCAGCAUGCCCGCCUCGGGCGCCAGCACCGGCGGCAGCCGCACCGUCAAGCGCAGCCGCUCCACCGCCGCCGUUAAGCGAGCUGGAGCGCGUGCGCGCCCGGGCUCGCUGCCCAUGCACGUCCGCAACGACGCCGGCGCCCGGCCCUCGGCUGCGUUCGCCACCGCCGCGUCCGCUGCGCCGCGUGCUCGCGCGUCGCUGUUCGGUGACGUUCCUGCCUUUCGGCCGCAGCCACCGUCGACUGCUGGGAAGACGGCCGGUAGCGAGUUCCUCACCGGCGGCUCUGGAGGCCUGUCGGCGGAGAAUUCGUACUUUGAUGACUAUGACCCUUAUGAGGGUGAGAUCUAG